AGUUGCAUAAUUGAACGUCGUUCAGACGAUCGUGUUUUUAGUAUUGUCCUCUUGUUGACACAGUGUGCAUUUAACAUUAUCAUAUUUUUAGUUUGGUAUCAAUUAUUUUUAAAUGUGUCAUAUUAAAUAAUAUAUUUCUUAUAUUUUUGGUUAACUUUUUAGAAAGGACAGGUUUUGGGUAUGUGUCAUAAAAGUGUAUAGAAAAAUUAGCAGAAAACAUAGUCAUCAAUCAUCAAGAUUUCCUGGUAAUUUCUCUUCUUCCUAAUUCCUAUGGAAUAAGUAGAUACUUUGACGGUUCGAUUCCACGGAUUUUUAUUUAAUUUAUGUUAAUUAUAUAUAAGUUUCGAAAGCUGUUGCGGUUUCAAAUUAAAUAAGAACUACAUAAUGCGAAUUAUUUUGUUUUUGGGUUUAACAAGCUUGAUGCAUCUUGGUCAGACCGAAACAGAAAUACGGCAACCUGGAAGUAAGAAUGAUGAAGAACAAAAUUUACUAGUUAAUGCCCUCAACGAAUUCGGAUUUAAUUUACUAACAAAAAUGAUGAAACAAUAUCCCAACGAGAACAUAGUUAUUUCUCCGGCGAGUAUAUCAUGUCUGCUUGCUAUGACUCUUCUGGGGAGCGUGGGGAGGUCGUAUGACGAACUCGCCAAGGCGCUUGGGUUUUCUGAAGAUAUCUUAACAAAUCGACGCAACCACGAAAUGUUUGGUGAACUAUUGCAACGAGUAAACUCCAAUGACUCUUGGAGUAAGACCAUGUUAGCCGAUGCGGUAUUUGUGGACGAGCAGUCUCAACUGCGCGCGGCAUACCGAUCUUACUUGCAUCGGGUCUACAAAGGCGAUGUUUUAAGUGUUAAUUUCAGAGAUGCUGUGAAAGUUAAGGAGAUGAUUAAUAAAUGGGUGAGUGAGCAAACAAAAGGGAAAUUAGAUCAAUUCCUAAAACAGUCAUUACCAAUGAAUACCAAAGUAGUAUUACUGAGCGCAUUGUACUUCAGCGGUCAGUGGGCCAACUCUUUUAUACCUGAACAUACGAGAAAAAUGCCAUUUACGCGAGUAAAUGAUACAAUUACUGCAGACCUCAUGUUGAACUUGGGAAAAUUCGACUAUAUAUUUUCGGUAAAAGAUGGACUGCAUAUGAUUGCGUUUCCAUACAACGACAGUGUGACUACAAUGUACGUACUUAAACCCCGGCUGCCCGAAGAAUCAAGUUUGUAUGAUUUAAUGGGGCGCUUAGAUUACUUUCAAAUUGACAACUUAAUCAAUCAAAUGACACGAGUAGACACAGUAGUGAGAUUUCCGAAGAUGAAUAUCAAAAGUGAUGUCAAUUUAGAAUCGCCACUAAAAGAACUCGGCAUAAAAUCGAUUUUUAAUCCAAAUGAAGCAAACUUCGCUCUCAUGAUAGAUACUAAUACAGUAGGUAACAAAACACAAGAUGAAUUAAUAUCAAGGAUAAACAAUAGAGAUGUAGAACCAAAAGGACUUAAGAGUAUUGUUAAUAGCCUUAUGAACCCAGGUGUCUAUAUAGAUUCCGUAAUGCAUGAAGUGAAGUUGAAAAUCGAUGAGUACGGUACUGAGGCAGUAGCAGCCACAAGCGGUAUACUAGCAAGGUCAUCUGAGCUAUUCUACGCAGAUUCUCCAUUUUAUAUGUUCAUAAGAAAUGAAAAAACCAAACUUAUCACUUUUAGUGCAGUUGUGUUUGAUCCCACGGUUUAACUUAAGAUAUUUAGUAGAUAUAAAUAAUAAAUAUAUUUUUUU